AUGAGGACUUCAACGGCAGACAGACUCGACCUGAUACAAGACGCAAUUGACAAGCGAGAUUUGCUCAGCAUCAACAACGAGUAUGGUUCUUCCAGCGACAACGAUGAGUCGGAACAUCUCAAGAUAAUCAAGGACCCCGCGGACCUCACUGAUAUUCGGCCGGCGCAGGUAUCCAAGAACGGGUCCUAUUUCAGAACCAACAGUGAAGUGUCUUCCGCUGGCUCCACCGCUUCGUCGGCAGCGACGACUCCAAUAUCGUCGAGUCCCCUUGCCAACGAAGUCAAUGGCACACUACCAAAGCAUGGAAAACUCGAACGUCAUCAAGACCACCACCACCACCACAAUAAAGAGCUUAAGGAAAGACCAAAGCCCAAGGCUACCAGCAGCGGGUUACAGACUAGCGAGUCCGAUAUAACGUUGGCGGGGUUGGUCAAGUAUGUCUCCAAGCAAGACAAGGCGCGUCUUAACAACAGAAAGAAGGAGAAAACGGAGGCAACAGACGCAGAUGCAGAUGACCAAGGUCAUGAUUGCAAGAAACAACAUCGACAAUUGGCCAAGGACGGCAAAUACAAAUUGCGAUUUAGCGACCUCUCGUUCAAAUCGUCCAACCCGACGAUUUUCGACUCGCCCGAGUUUAUCAACUCGCAGUUCUUUGGCUUUUACGUUUUGUUCUGGCUCGCGACGGCCUUCACCAUGAUGAACCAGCUCGUGCAUAUUUAUUUCGAAAACGCCACCCCGUUUUACAACUGGGUCGUGGUCAAGACCUUACGCCAGGAUUUGCUCAAAGUUGGAAUCACCGAUUUGGUGAUGUACUUGGCUACCUAUUUCUCCUUUUUCACUCAGCUCUUGGUGAAGAAGAGGUUAUUGAGCUGGAGAAGGUUUGGAUGGAUCAUUGAAAGUGUCUACGAAGUUGCAUUUGUGGGCACCGUGAUUUGGUUUGUUUAUUACAUGCAUUUCCCCUGGAUCGCCAGGGUGUUUUUGGUUUUGCAUAGUCUUGUGUUUUUGAUGAAGAUUCAUUCGUAUUCCUUCUACAACGGGUACUUGUGGGCUGUUUACACCGAGGGGUUAUUCUCCGAGUCCUACUUGAACAAGUUGUUGAACGAUGAAGUUGAACUACCCGAGGGCCAUGAAUUAAGCUCGACUUUGAAAACUUUGGAGGGAAGUAUCGAGUUUGCCAAGUAUGAGUUGGAGUACCAGUCGCGCGCCACGACGGAUAAACCCGAGAAUGACCAUCACAAAUUCGAGGCCGCAAGACUCGACAUCUCCAUCGAGGAGCUUCAAAAGCAGGGCAUUAUCAAGUUCCCCCAGAACGUCAACCUUGGCACAUACUUUGAAUACAGCAUGUUCCCGACCCUUGUUUACACCUUGACGUACCCUAGAACUAAAAGGAUCCGCUGGAGCUAUGUGUUUGCAAAGACCUGCGCCGUGUUUGGUCUAUUCUUUUUGAUGAUCACCAUUUCGGAAAACAGCUUGUUGCCGAUAUUUGCUCGCUGUCAAGAAGUGAAAAAGCUCCCCUUUAAACAAGAGAUUCCUCAAUUCAUUUUCAUUCUCCUCGACACUAUCCCGCCAUUUUUCAUGAAUUAUUUAUUCACUUUUUUCCUCAUUUGGGAUUCCGUGCUUAACGCGCUCGCUGAGCUUACACGAUUCGCCGACCGCGAAUUCUACGGGGCCUGGUGGUCAUGUACUGACUUUUCCCAGUUUGCCCGCUUAUGGAACAAGCCAGUGCACAAUUUCUUACUCAGACACGUCUACCAUUCCAGCAUCAGUGCGUUCCACGUCAACAAGAUCCACGCGGCGCUUUUCACUUUCAUCUUGAGCAGUCUCGUUCACGAGUUGGUGAUGUAUAUCAUCUUUGGCACCGUGCGUGGUUACUUGUUGUGGUUCCAGAUGUCGCAGAUACCGUUGAUUAUGUUGAGUCAGACGAAAUUGCUCAAGGGACGCCGAGUCUUGGGGAAUAUCAUAUGCUGGUUUGGAUUCAUUAGUGGGCCCAGUGUAAUCUGCUGCUUGUAUCUAGUGUUUUAA